AUGGCCAACUUAGACUGCGUGCCACUUGGUCAAACAGCAGUGAUCACUGCCGCGAAAAGUGGUCAUCAAAGCAUUGUGAGACUUCUUUUAGACCACAAUCGUGCGGCAGUCAGUGCGGCUUUACUUCAGCUGGCCUUAUACCAUGCCUGGAUUCACAUAAUAAAGCUUGCGAUAUCAGCAGAUAAAAACCUUCUCAACUGGAUAGACCCGAGUUCUAGCAACACUGCGUUGCACAUUGCGAUCGAAAGCGGUCGCGUGGAUGUGAUAAAGACUCUUCUUGAUGCUGGAGCGGAUCCAAAUUUGAAGAAUGGAGAUGGCUUACUUCCCUUUGCGAAAGCCAUGAGAUCAAACAAUCUGGACAUCGUGAGAACGCUGCUGGACUCUAGCCCAGAUAUCAUAGUCGAUGACCUAGACAGAGCAGGCGUCACUCCUUUCUUGCGAGCAUGCCUAGAUGGCAAAAAGGCAGUUCCUGUCAUACGCGAGUUGCUCGAUAAGGUGAAGGAUAAGGUGAAUCUGAAUGCCAGAUUGCCCAGGGAUGACCAGAACAACGAAUGUGGGAGAACCGCUCUCCUAAUAGCACCCUUUAUCAAUCCAGAGGAAGAGGGUAGUGACAGCCUCUUUAACCUAUUACUCGAACAUGGAGCCGACCCCAAUGUACCAUGCGCUAAACACGGCAAUACACCUCUCUCAAAAGCUGCCGCUAAGGGACAUGUCCAGGUUAUGGAGAAGCUUCUAGAAUUCAACGCCGACCCCAACAUAGCGUCUGAAAAAGGCCAUACACCUCUUUCUAGAGCCGCCAUGAACGGCCAUGCACUGGCAGUAAGAAAACUUCUGGAAUCCAAUGCCGACCCCAACCAUCAGGAUCAUGAAGGAGAAACUGCGCUGCAUUGCUGUUCAAGCGAAGGCCAUGUGAGUUGCAUUGAGGAGUUGGUAACACGUGGGGCUUCUCUCAACCCCUUAAUGCAUCCCGAUUUGGGUGAACCCUAUGUUAUCGGCUUCACCCCCUUGGUCCUCGCAAUUGCCUGUUCUCAGCAAUCUUCGGUCGAGAAGCUAUUGACUUUCGAUCCAGGUCCUGGGCAAGCGUUGCAUAUGGCUCUGGCGUCUGAGGAACUUCUAAUUGCCAAGGCAGUUUUUAAACGUUAUCCUCAGCCGAAUUUGUACGACCAAGACCUCGGAACUCCAUUACACAUCGCGAUCAUGUCCAACAGCGAGGAAAUAUUCGAAUUCAUUCUUGACCAAAAGGGAAUCGACGUCAAUAUCCCUGGUCCGUCUGGUCGAACGCCGCUGAGCUAUGCAGCGAUGAGAUACCAAGACUUCGUUAAAAAGCUGAUUCAAGCACAAGCCGAUCCCAACAUAAAAGACCAUGAAGACAAGACCCCAUUGGAUCACGUAAUUGCUGCGAAAGAUUGGGAAAUGGCACAAAUACUCUGUCCCCACACGAGAUUGGAUCUUGUGCAAGGCAGCGGUCGCAGAUAUAGUGUCUUGUAUCGGGCUUGUCAAACUGGUCACAAGGACAUGUUUAAGGUGAUCAAUGCUUCAUGUCAGAAUUUAAACCACUUUCAAUACAUUGAGCUUUGUGAACUAGCUCUACAUGCUGCUAUAGCAGCUGGCAACGAGGAGUUCUUCAAUCAGCUCAUCAACGUACCUGGUGUUACUGGAAGCGUGGAGGAUGAUGAUGGCUGGACUCCUUUGAAAUACGCCACAGUCUACAGCCAAUCGAGAAUAAAGGAGGAGAUUCUGAAGAGGUUGCAACAAGGCGGCAUGAAUAGGGUAGACCAAAGACAUAAAAGGGUCACUAAGAUGCCCCAACGAUGGCAUAAAAACGACCGACAUCCGACCCUUUACGAGAAGGACGAUAACGCGGACCCUAGACAGAUCAUGAUAACGACAACGCUUGACGACGCUUAUCCAGAUGGUGAAGACAGAUAUGCAGUAGCCCGGGCAGAUCAUCCCAUUCCAACAGACAAGAACUACUACUUUGAAAUCACUAUAAAAAAAGGCUGCCCUGACGAGCAACUCGACGUGGGUAUUGGCCUCAUUGAUGGCGCAAAAGUUCCCAACGGGCAACGAUCGCUCGGGAGGGCAUUAACAUACUGCUAUGAGUCUUUGGGUGGAAGCACGUACGAUGACAACAUAAAUAGUCUUAAAAACGAUUGGAGACUUAGUCGAGAGUAUCGAGAGGGUAAUACCGUGGGCUGUGGAUUUGAUGCAACCAAGAAAUGCGUUUAUUUCACCUGGGAGGGAGAAAGAUUAGAGGAAAGACACGAUGACGUUUCAGGAAAAUUAUACCCUGCAGUAUAUCUCAACACAAGGCAGAAGAGUGUUUGCUUAGUAGCCAAGUUUCCAUAG